AUGGCUGUUGAAUUAUGUGCGGCACAAACCAUUCCAAGAAUCUCAUUUUCUCAUGAUUUCUGUUCAUCAAUGCAACAGUGCUGCCUUCCUCUCCUAUCAGCUUCCAUGCCAUUGAAUUCAAGCUGUGAUUUCGAGUUCGAUGUUCGGAUUAAUAAUUUUGAUCAAGAAUGUUAUUAUUCAUCAGCAGAUGAGCUUUUCUCCAAUGGUAAAAUCCUUCCUCUUCAAAUCAAGGAAAGCAUCUCCCCAUCUAAACAAGAGCAAAAGCCAUCACUCACAAUACCUCAAGCUACAAAUGCUAGCUCAAAGGAUCAGAAUCAAAGUUCCAAGUCAUUCUGGCAGUUCAAAAGAAGCAGUAGUUUGAAUUUUAUUAGCGGAUACAAACGAAGAUUUUGUUCCUCUUCAACACUUUUAUCAAGAAGUAGUUCAACAGGGUCAGCUCCGAAGGUGAAACCAGGGUCAGUCUUGAAAGAUGGUCGUGGCAUUGGUAAUCUCAAGCAGAACUAUCCGAAGGAGAAGUCUUUGCCAUGUCUACAGUCUUCAACAAGUAAACAUAAGCCUCCAUUGAAGAAGAGCUAUACUUAUGGAUCCCACGGCAAUGGUGUUACAAUUAAUCCUAUUCUCCAUGUUCCUUUGGUGGAUGUCUUUUGUCUGAGUUCAGUCUUCUUAACUGGCAAGGGUAAGAAGUAA